CCGGUCCUCCUUUGAAUCAAUGUUGAGAAUAGUUACCAUUCAAAAACGCCAAAAGCUCCUCUAAAAAAAUAUUUUCUCCCCUCCUAAUGAUCAAUACAAAUUUUUUAGAGAUCAUACGGCGGUUUCGUAGCACCCUCCUCCAACAUUCUACAGCUGCAUUUUUUUUUAUGAAUUAAAAAAAGCUCACUUGGUCGUAUGGUACGCAGCUAUGUACCUAAGAAUGUUCCAAGAGGGUCACAAAUAACAUUCGACCCAAUAUUAAAAAUAUCACUCCCACACAUCCACAAACUUCCCGCACGUACCUCUUCAAAUCCCACCACCUAUAUAAACCCUCCUACUCCCUACCCAUCUUCAUCAUCAUCAUCCACAACACAAGUCAAUUUCUUAAUCUUCUAAAAGCACUUCUAGCCAGUACUUAGCUAAGAAUCUAUAAGCUAAAAUCCUUACCUAUAUUUUCAGCACGUACGUUGGUCUUCUUUUGCAUUAAAUCUACAAAAAUGGCGGCUCCCAUGCUCAACAUUGACACAAACUCGCUCGACGUCGACAAGCUCUCCUACGAAAUCUUCUCGAUUCUCGAGAACAACUUCCUCUUCGGAAACCCACCAAGCACAAAACCUCACAAUGUCUCCGACCCCAACCCCGCCGAUCUAUCGACUCCUCUCCACCACAUGCAUUCUAGCAAACAAGUCACCGGAAAAGUCCGAAUCCUCGCCAUCGACGCUGCCGGAGCCACCGAUGGCAUCCUCGCCGCCAACGCGCUCUCCCACCUCGAGUCCUCUCUCCGCCUCAAGUCCGGCGAUCCUAGCGCCGCCAUCUCCGACUUCUUCGACGUCGUUUCAGGGUCGGGUGCCGGAGGCAUUCUCGCUGCCCUCCUCUUCACCCGGGGAUUGAAAGACGGGUCGACCCGACCCAUGUUCACCGCCAAAGAAGCCCUCGACUUCCUCCUCCAGAACCGCCGCAAGAUCUUCAAGUCGUCGCCAGGGGGGAUUUUCCAGCGGGUUUUCCGGCCGGCGAAGGCGGAGAAGGAGAGGGAGAAGCUCUUUCGGAAGACUUUCGGGGAUCAGUUGACUCUCAGGGACACGCUGAAGUCGGUGCUGAUCCCAUGCUACGACAUGUCCUCCCGCGCGCCCUUCUUGUUUUCGCGGGCGGACGCGGUGGAGAUGGACAGCUACGAUUUUAAGAUGAUGGACGUGUGCGCUGCCACGUCGUCUCAACCUGCCGUUGAGGUGAGGUCGGUGGAUUGCAGAACGAAGCUCAUGGCCGUUGAUGGAGGGAUCGCAAUGAACAAUCCGACGGCUGCGGCUAUUACGCACGUGCUGAAUAAUAAGCAGGAGUUUCCUUUCUGUAACGAUGUUGAAGAUCUGUUAGUGGUAUCGCUUGGAAAUGGAGAGUCCCAGUUUGGAAAUUUGUCGCCUUCUGGCUGUUUGAGGAUCGCCGGUGAAGGAGCUUCAGAUUUGGUUGAUCAAGCCGUUUCGAUGGCAUUUGGACAAUCCAGAGCAACCAAUUAUGUUCGCGUGCAAGCCAACGGAAUCAUAUCGAAAAUGUAUGGAGGCCCCGAAAACCCCAACGACAAAAAUAAGAACAAGAUAGACAUGCUGGCCUUGACAGAUGAAAUGUUGUCACAAAAAAAUGUGGAGUCCGUACUAUUCCAAGGUAAAAAAAUGGUGCAGAGCACAAAUGUUGAGAAGCUAGAAAUGUUUUCCGGGGAGCUGAUUAAGGAACAAGAGAGGAGAAAAACUUGCAUUCUGCCAACCGUGGCGUUGAAGCAGACUUCUUCAUCAUCGCCGAGCAGAACAUCAUCCGCCACAACCCUAUCUAUGUCAUCUUCGUGCUAAUUAGUGCUCAAGUUAUGUACGUAAUAUAUGUUAAGCAUUUGUAGCCGCUCUUGAUGUAUGAGAUUAAGUGUCUGAGUCUGAGCUGAGCUGCUGCUAAGUUGAUUUUGAUUUUUGUUGUAUGUUUAUUUGCUAGUUAAUCAGUGUAAUUAAAUUUUAUGAGAAGGGUGUUUGCAAUGUGUAUAUUAGUAUGGGAUGAAGGCAAGGAAAUUGGAUUUAUCUAUAGUUUGUAUGUUUUGAUUCUACUGGAGUCAAUUUGUAUAAUAAAUAUUUAAUUAAUUA